ACAAAACGACUCGAAAUAUUAGAAAAGAUGCGAGUCAGCAGAUAGAGGUGAGGUUGGGUUGCAACUUGCCACCACUAGUGUAUGUAUAUAUCAGAGUUAUGCGGGAUAGACAGAAAAAGAAAAUGUAUCACCAAGCAGGAGUGUCUGCCAAACGACUUAAGGAAUUAGGAAAGAACACGGAUUGUUGUGUUUGUAAUAUCUAGGCCAGGGCGAAGAGAUCUAAUAUUAGCGGGUUAUUAUAGGAAUGUCUUCGUAGUACAAUACCGGUAUGGCCAUGACGACAGAACAGCGUUUGGUGGGCUGCGUUGCAUUUCCGCCUUUGCCCACCGCGCUGACACUGGGCGUGCAAAACUAAACAUCCAAGAAUACAAAGAAAAAGCCAUGGCGGAAAUAUCCCUGUAUCUCACCAACGUUAACGUGUCUUUGACCCAGAAGAUGGAUCCAGAUGAGAGUCCCCGCACAGGGAAGGGCUUUGAGAGUGUGGAGCUGGGAGACCUUGAGAGCAGAGGACAUAAAGACAAAGCCCCACGAAGGAUCAUCCAUUUCUCUAACGGAGAAACCAUGGAAGAGUACAGCACUGAUGAGGAGGACGAGGAACCGGAAAAGAAAGACUUACUGUCCCCCCCAGUAGACCGUGGGAAGGCCAGUCUGACCUGGGGUCCGUACUUCUGGUUCCAAAUGUGGAGAGCAGCUAGCUCCACCGUUUUAGCAUGUGACUACCUCGGGGAGAGGAUGGCCUCCCUCUUUGGAAUCACCUCGGCUAAGUACCAGUACGCCAUCGACGAGUAUUACAGGAUGAGAAAAGAGAAGGAGGAAGAAGAUGAGGACAACAGGUUAUCAGAGGAGGCCGAGCAACACUUUGCCGAGAGUCAGGACGAGAAGACAGAGGGCCCCACGACAGAUCAGCCGGAGGGUGUCGCCCAGAAUGACACAGUGACCUAUCAGGUUGAAAGUGAGCCGGAGGCCCCUCCCAUGCCUAGCGCCAUGACAGUUCCUGUCGUCGUCACAACGGCAACCUAACUGACCUCAGGAGAGCUGGCUCGUGUGUUGUCUUGUUUGUCUUGUAUUCAGUUGUCAAGGAGGUGGAGCCGCUCCCAGGUCUGUUGGUUGAACCUUGACCUAACACCUGAGCAGCCUAGCUGACAGCGUCGCUUGGUGACUUGUAAUCUUGAACCUUUUGUCAGACCUUGAAGCACAGUUGAGGUUUUGCCAAAAGGGAAAUACGAUCUGUUUCAAAUUUGUUGUUACUAGUUUGUCUGUCUAAUGCACCAUUGCCACUGUAAAUUAACGUUUUGUUUUGAAGUCCUUUUUUGGUGGAAUAUUCACAUAUUUAUUUUUUUGUACUUACUGAGCACUUUUGUACGACUUCCUUUAUGUAACAACACCUUAAUAAAAUUUUAAUUAACACUA